AUGUCCACCAAGCGCAUCACAAAGGAGUACGCCGAGGUGUCGCAAACCCCCCCCGACGGCUACACCGUCCGCCUCCCCAACGACUCCUCCAUCCACACAUGGCACCUGACGCUCGCGCCGCCCCCCUCGACCCCCUACCACCCCGGCCGCUACGGCGUCCUGCUCACCCUCCCCGCCGACUACCCCUUCCGCCCGCCCGCCGUGCGCUUCGUCACCCGCCUCUACCACCCCAACGUGACAAACGACGCCCUCGGCCACAUCUGCCUCGGCAUCCUCAAGCCCGAGAACUGGAAGCCGUCGACCCGCAUCGCCGCCGUGCUGCUCGCCCUGCGCGACCUGCUCGUCGAGCCGCAGCCCGAUGACCCGCUCGAGGACGCCAUCGCCCACGAGUACAAGAGCGACAGGGCCGCGUGGGAGAAGAACGUCCGCGCCCAGGUGGGCAAGUACGCCAUGGCGGAGCCCGUCUUCCCGGCCGUGGCGACGUGA